UGGGCAGAGACGCUGCCACCGGUGAUCGUGUAAUUAGACAUUAAUCCACAUGCCAGCACCUAAACCGCCCCGCCAGGAGCAGUGGUGCAGGGCGGUCAGGCCCCUCCGCUCGAGGUGCAGCGGGUCGGGAUUAUUCCUCCCGGCACUGCUGGGCAGAGCCGUGCGGGGAGAGCGCCCGAGGGUCGGCGGGCAGCCCCAGCGCGGAGCGCCGCUUCCCCCGCUCCGGUUCCUCUCGCGAGGCACCCGCUGCCUGACGGGUCUUUAGCCCCCGCGGGGACACCGCCAGACCCACAGCGUGCGGGCAGCGUGGCGGCGACGGGGCAGCGGCACCCGCUUCCCGAGCCCUGCCCGGGGCCCUGCCCGCGCUCCUGCCGGCAGGGUGAGGGGCAGCGGGCGGGGUGCGGAGCUGUGGGCGGGCGGCGCCCCUCGGGAAGUUGUGCCGCUCGGAGCCGGCGUGAGGCAGGAUCGCGGGGGGAGGAAGCCUCGGUUUGCGGCGCCGCUGCCGUCCCCGCACAGCGCCGGUGCGCGGGGGCAGGAGCGAGAGCGAGCGAGCGGAGGCACCGCCGGCACACCGGCUCCGCCGGGCCGCUCCUCCUCAGCCGGGCAACGCGACCGCCGGCCCCCAGCCACCCGCCCGCCCUCCCGCCGUGCCGCUGCCCGGCUCCGCGCCGCCGUCCCGCGGCGGAGCCCCCGAUCGCCCGGCGGGGUCUGGCCGGGGGGGAGGUGGGAGCGGCGGGGCGGGCGGCAGCCGCGGGGGUCGUCGCCAUGACGAGCGCGUGUGCCGCCGCCUCCCGCCGCUGAGCGGCCGCUGUCCCUUCAGCACCGCGGGGCCGCACGCCCACAGCCACCGGUACCCGCACAGGUACCGCCGCCGGCACCCCCACAGCCACCGGCACCGGCGCCCCACCUGCAGCGGCAGCGAGGCGAGCCCUGGCGGCCCCCGCGGGCGGCGGCGAUGGCGGGCCGGGGCCGGGGGCAGCAGGGCGCGCCGGCGGGGGGCCGCGGCCGCUGAGAGAGCAGGUUUUCGUUCCCUGUACACCUUUGGAAGGAGCUCACUAUGACAGGGCAGAGUCUGAAGGCUUUAUCUGAAGCGAAUUUUGAAGACAAUGAGAUCAGCAUCAACGUUGGAGGCUUUAAGAAAAAGAUGAGAUCCAACACAUUAUUAAGGUUUCCCGAGACCAGGCUGGGCAAACUGCUGAGCUGCCACUCAAAGGAGUCAAUACUGGAGCUCUGUGAUGACUACGAUGACACCAAGAAUGAAUUUUAUUUUGACAGGAACCCCGAGCUCUUUCCUUACGUGCUACAUUUUUAUAACACCGGCAAGCUCCAUGUGAUGGGUGAACUCUGCGUGUUUUCUUUCAGCCAGGAGAUUGAAUACUGGGGAAUCAAUGAAUUCUUUAUAGACUCCUGCUGCAGUUACAGCUACCAUGGGAGGAAAAUGGAGCCAGACCAAGAGAAAUGGGAGGAACAAAGUGACCAGGAAAGCACCACAUCUUCUUUUGAUGAGAUUUUGGCAUUCUACAAUGAUGCCUCUAAAUUUGACAAACAACCGUUUGGAAACAUCAGGAGGCAGCUCUGGCUUGCUUUGGAUAAUCCUGGGUACUCUGUCUUAAGCCGGAUCUUCAGUGUCCUUUCCAUAGUGGUGGUGCUGGGCUCCAUUGUGACCAUGUGCCUGAACAGCCUCCCAGACUUUCAGAUAGUUGACAGCAACGGGAACUCCGAGGAAGACCCUCGCUUUGAAAUCGUGGAACAUUUUGGUAUUGCAUGGUUCACUUUUGAACUGGUGGCGAGAUUUGCAGUAGCUCCUGACUUUUUAAAGUUUUUCAAGCAUGCCCUGAAUUUGAUUGACCUAAUGUCUAUCCUUCCAUUUUAUAUCACUUUAAUUGUCAACUUGGUGGUGGAAAGUAGUCCGACUUUAGCAAAUUUAGGCAGAGUUGCACAAGUCCUGAGACUCAUGAGGAUCUUUCGCAUCUUAAAGCUUGCUAGACACUCCACAGGUCUCAGGUCCCUUGGAGCCACCCUGAAGUAUAGCUACAGAGAGGUGGGGCUUCUUUUACUUUACCUCUCUGUUGGCAUCUCCAUUUUCUCAGUAGUGGCUUACACCAUUGAGAAAGAAGAGAAUGAGGGGUUAGCCACCAUCCCUGCUUGUUGGUGGUGGGCUACUGUUAGCAUGACCACAGUUGGCUACGGGGAUGUUGUGCCAGGGACCACUGCUGGCAAGUUGACGGCAUCUGCAUGCAUCCUAGCUGGUAUCCUAGUGGUAGUGCUUCCCAUUACACUGAUCUUCAAUAAAUUCUCCCACUUUUAUAGGCGUCAGAAGCAGUUAGAGAGUGCCAUGAGAAGCUGUGAUUUUGGUGAUGGCAUGAAAGAAGUUCCGUCAGUCAACUUGAGGGACUACUAUGCUUAUAAAGUUAAAUCCCUUAUGGCCAGUCUUACCAAUAUGAGCAGGAGUACUCCCAGUGAGCUGAGCCUGAAUGAUUCACUGCAUUAGUGUACAAGUUUGACAGCAGUUUGCAUGAAAGCUAUCAAGAGCUAUGUUUGUAAAUGUUUUCCUAUUUGUCUUUUUUUUUUUUCCCUAGAGGAUAGUGUUGCUGACACUGCACUAACUUUGCACUUGAGAAACUAAAGACAUUUCUAUUACAAGUUGACAGUUUGCACAUUUUCAUCCUGUUGCAUUGAUACUAAAUGCUGACUUUUCCAUACAAAUGUUACCACUUCCAUGACAUUAGUGCUGGUAGUAUAGUGAUGAUCUGUUGCUUUGUGCAUUUCUUCAUCUGAAUGAUGAGCAGAGAAAUGAACAUACCCAAGUGGAAUAAAGAUUCUUAGUUGUGACACAAGUAAUGAAAACAUCACCCAUCACCUAUUCUGGUAUCUGUACUAGUGCAGGACUUCCUAUGCAUUUUAUAACAGUUUGAAACAAUCACCUGUGAAUCACUGACACAGGAACACUCUUCCCCAUCUUUCCAACUGCUAAUUCUGAUUGUCACAUGUCUGAAAACACCUCUGAGCUUCACCUUUCAAUGGAGGUUUGCUUACCCUUGAGCACGUGUGUUAAAAAGUGGGUGUUCUUGUCCUGAAAUGUUUUGUAUGGUACUAUUUUUCAGAAGCUCCUAAGCAUAGACCUACCUCUGUUUCCAAGAUUAGGUCAAUAAUGAGCCCUCUGAAGAAGCACACCCUUCAUUUUCAGAUAUCUACGUGUUCAAAGACUACAUUUCCACAAAUGACUCUAGGUAUGGAGGCCCAUGAAGACAUCUCAGGUUCCCAUUUCCAGAAGUGAUCUGCACACAGCUUGGUUCCAGUGAAGCUGAAGAUAUGCUGUAUUUCAGUCUGUCAAAAUGGUUCUGAGAUUAGACACACAAAACCGUGGGUUUUCAACAAUUAGAAGCUCCAAUUAAAAACUUGGAUUUGUUUAAUGAGGCAAAAUAUUCCCACAUGAACAGUACAGGCAGCAUUUUAGGAACUGACAUUCAUAUACUGCAAAAAGACUAAUUAUAAAGAUGCCAUAUGUGAUGUUGAGCUAUAAAAUCUAAUUUUAUCAGGAAAGCUUGAAAGCAGGUGUUGAUGGCAGACAACUCCAUUAAGCUCUCUGCCAAGGAAACUCUAAGGAAAAAAAACCCCAACCCUGUAAGUCACAUUUUCCCUCAAAAAGGAAUUCACAACUUACAGCUAAGGAAGAGUAUAAGGGCUUAAGAAAGGAACACAUAAAGAAAAAGAGCUCGAUACUGCACUCACUGUGGGCAGAUCCUCCUACCUGCUUCUGUGACGUAGAUAAUUUGAAUCCUUUCAAGGGCUGGCCUGUACUUUUUUCUUUAUAAAAAAGGAGACAUGAGAGAGCAGAUCAUCUGGGUUUCCAAGAGUAAUCAUGAAUCUGCAUAAACUUACUUUGUGAGUGCUCAGUCUCUUCCCUUAUGCAAUUAUACAGAGAUCAAACACUUGUGGCUGACAGGCAGAAACCACUGCUUCCCUCUCGUUAUACUUCUAGGCAUCCGUGAUAUAAAACAAACUACUGUCACUCUGUGGGCAGAACAGGAUUUCUCUUCAGAUCCUGCUGCUUUUUCGCCCCAUUUAUUACAUAUAAUGUUCCAAUUAAUUAAUUUUAAUUUUUUUUUCAGUUUUCCUUUUGAAGACUAGAGGGUUUCAGACAAUAAAUUCAAAUUGGUUGAAGAGAAAUUAAAAUACUAAAGCUAACAUUGCCAUGUUCAGAAGCCUGUGUUUGCAUACCACAACAAGGAGUGGCCCAACUGGCAGAAUAAAGCAAGAAUGGUAUGAACAGAUAAUUCCCUUUUUUUAGACUUGCUUUCCCCGAAAAAUCAAAGAGUCAUAUGCACAGCCAUGAAGAUAGACCUAGAGAAUCCAAACUAGGUGUCCAAACUUGAAACAUUUUGCUAGUGUUUUCAUUUCUGGAGGGCAAGUUCAAGCUCUCUGCUGAGUCACAGGCACAAAUUCGAUAGUCUUGUCCCUGAUUCAUAUUGCAUGUGUGUAAACUAUCAUAUGCCUACAAACACCCACUCAAAACACAGCACAGCGCUAGGUUGCCUGUUUGAUUGACACACCAUGAAAGAAAUUAGGGAAGGAAGAGAUGGGCUUGCACAGCACAUACGCUCCAUUUGGGUUACAUGCUGUGAGGGCGGCAAAUUCUUCCGCUGAUGUUGCGGACGCUGUGAGUUCUCUCUAGGUCUGUUGGCUGGGGGCCUUCAAGAAUCCAGCUCCAAGCAGUGGUUUUAUCUCAGUUCCACGAGCAGUAGGUUCCCAGAGUUGAAAGCCAAUGACUUUCAGGGCAGUUACUUGAAGAGGCCUGUAAACUUGCCAAAGAGUCACAAAUUCCCUCAGCUGUUGCUAGUUUAGCAUUGCAAAGGUUGGAUCCAAACUUUGCAACACAUCAUUUCAAUAACCUAUAGCUUAUCUUAUGUUCUAGAUUUAUUAUUAUUCAUAGGGCCAAUGCUCUGUCAUUUCUGCAAAUAUUGAAUGGAACGUGUCCAAAUUGUGUUUUACUAAAGAAAAUGAAAUACCCCAAGGAAUUACGACUUUUAUUGUCCUGGUUGAAAGGCAUUUUCAUUAUUGCUUUUUUAUAUAAGUGCUUUGGAUCAAAGACACUAAAUAAAUAAAGUACUGAAAUUUAAUAUGUUCCUAUUAUCAUGACAAUGACUUUACACAGUACACAGGAAUUCCCUUCAUAAACUUAACUAACUCCAUGUUAAAAGUAGUCAGGUUUUUGCUCCCCCAUCCUCCGGAAGAGCAUUCCAGAGCUGUGCUGCUCUCCAAGGCUUGUGCAACUUUCAGCAUAAUUUUAUUAAUGGCUGCUUUAUAUCAGUUGGGGUUUUUUCCCAUGCCACCACUGUUCUUUAGCUUAAAUAUUUCAUUUUCUUCUUAGUGUUUGCAUGCAUGCUGUAUUUAUAGACAGCAACCAUAUGUCCUUAAUGCUUAUUUUCACAGAGUUAUACCUGCCAAGCUUCCUUUUAGUUUUCUUUUUGCAAGUCGUAUUCCCCUGACCAUCCUAGGAGAUGUAUUCUUUUUUUCUCCACUACUUCUGCUUAGAUUUAAUGUGUUUGAAUAUUAUAUUGUAUUGCUUUGUACAGCAGUUUUAAUAUUUGCUUAUGACUAAGAGAAUUUUUCACUGACGAGGAUAAUGAUUGUUCUGAUUUAAGUGAUGUUGUUGUCUUGGCUCCCUCAAAAUAUCUCGGUAAGGAAGAAUGAAGCACACCCUUCCUGCCAUUUUAUGAAGUAACCUCUAUUCUAGGGCUCAAUCCAGUAAGUGCUGAGAAUCUUCAUCUCUCAUUAAAUAAAAGUUACAGAAAAAUGUUUUCAAUUUGAAGGAAAAGUUCAAUCUCUCCAAAGUCUCAGCGAGGAGAUGAGGUGCUGUGCUGUUUGAGCAAUCAUUGCUUUCACCAGACUUCUUCAAUCACUCUUUUGUAAGAGUGGGGUAUCUUCACUUCUAUAAAACAGCAGGUCAGGAAUGAAGGAUGAGAGGACUAAUUGGCUGCUUUCUCCAGUGAUUGAAACUUGGAGAUUGUUGUGGUCAGAAAUCCGCUUGCUGUGGAUGUGCAGUUUAAUGAAGAACAUUGCACUUGGUGUGUGCUGCUCCUGGCUUGUGACAGUCACCUUCCUGGCACUGGUGAAAAUGUUGCUCCUGUUCUCUUUCAGCUGAGAGCUUUGAAUUGCUUAAAUGAGGAUUACGGGAAUAUUUCAAACGAGGCAACUUACUUUAUUGCCAGGAAUAAACUCUUAGAGAAUCCUGAUUUCUAGUACAAAUUUAGGCUAUUACAAGAGUUGGAGAUGUCCUCGAGAAGCAAUAUGUUACAUUAUUUUCCUGAGAUAUAAAAACUAUAUAUAGAUUGUGAUUAAGCUUUUUAUGUAUGUUCAGAUUUUGUAUUUUCGCCUGGUUUAUUAUUCAUUUACUUUCAUCAGUUGCUGAUUCUCUCUUUCCCUGCAGACUACUUUAUCCAUUUCAAAAGCAGACUGUUUUUUUCCUCACAUAUUAUAUAUAGCAUGAGCUACUUCACAUUGCAAACUUGAAAACAAAGAACUUUGCGUUUAAUUUUCCAACUUUAAUACCUCCAGUAUUUGUACCUUUUUGUACAGAACUUUAUGAGACUGCAGGGAACGACUAUAUCUGGUGCUCUUUGUACUGCGUUUCUUGUCCCCGUAGUGUGUGACACACUCGAGAACUCAGCUUUGUGCCACAAAAUGGAAAUUAAAUGCAUAAAAAAGUGUAUUUCAUCAAGGAUUAAGAACUGAUUUAAGUUUCAGGGUAUUCUGAGUAUAUAUUAUGAUCAAAGAGAAGCCUGGAUCUCAUUGUGAAGAUAGGUUUCUUUUAAUCAUACACAUUCUCUUAAUUGGUGGUUGUGAUGGGAAACCCACAUUUUUCAGUUGGGCAAAUAGUGCAAGCUUCUUGCUUUCUACCUCACAGAUUAGGGACUAAGCAACAUACCAACAGCACUUGUAGGAGCUAAAUCAACUUGACAUGACCUUUCAUCUCCUCCCAAACAACCCCCAUCCUUAGAGGCCCCAGCUGUGCACAUACAAACAGCAGAAAGCCUCUGGAGUAACUGCUCUUGCUGUGCUAGUUAUCCAUUUCCUCUCACAGUACUCCUGACUUUCGAAUCUACCUUUGAUGGUGCUUUCAAACAACAUUCAAGCCGCAGUCAUCACUCCUAUCCCUUGGUGAGAGGCUGUACCAGAACUGUUCUCUUCUCAUCAUGUUAUUCUUUUUUUUAGUUUUUUUCCCAAUUUAUGCACCCGGCUUCCCACUAAGUUACAUCAGAAAUCAAUUUGAUCUCUUGUAACUUCAAGUUGCCCAUUAUUUAGGCAAGGCUAAAAGAAUAUUCAAUUUCUGAAGCAUCUUUUACCGAUUCUGCCUUUUCCCGAUGCUUCUUGCCUGAGAAUAAUUUGCUGGAUUAAUAAUGGAACAAAAGGCAAUACAUUAAUACAUUAUUCAAAGCAACAGUUCUCUGCUUGUUGAUUCAGAGACAGUUGUAAUGUCUGCACCUUCAGAGCAAUAGUUGCAGUUGUUAAGAAACAUCACCCUGAUUCACUCUCAUUUAUAAAAUGAUGGGUUGUCAACUGGAGGAGGCAACCUCCAAACAGUCUAGAAACUGUUUCCCAAGCUAGCAUGACACUGCUGGCAAAGGUCUGGCUCUGGUAUUUAUUUCUCCUGCUAGUACAGGGAAUUGAGAAUCAUCUCACAGGUGCUGAGACUCAAAUUGACCUCCCACCAGACCAUGCAGAAAACUGUUUGCCUGACAUCGCCUCACCCUUUACACACAACCCUAAAUCAUGCAAGUCUUCACUUGGAUAAAUGCAUGCACCUGGCUAUAGGAGGCAGAGGCACAAAUCCAACAUUUCAGCUUCACAGAAGUGCAGAAGAAACAUCAGCACCUCCCUCUUCUUUGUUUUUGUCUUUCAGGGUACCAGUGGGGCUUGGCUUCUCACUGAUCCCUGUUCAGAAACAAACAGGGAUAAGUUUUUCAAGGAUUGGACAAAGUCUGCUAUAAAUCUGCCAAUUUCUUCUCUAAAGCACCUGAAGAGUGCCCAGUUUCAUAUGCACCAUCCAACAUCUGCUUGUCGUGACCACAUGUGCAGGUGUUCUGUGGGGUGCACAAGUCUGUGUGGUUCUGAGCAGACUGUUCCACCAAUUACACUGCUGACCUUCAAAGAAAACUUUUAAUCACAUUUGGAAGAUGAGGGGUACUCAAACAUCUUUCUUUGCUUAUGAGCAGCCACUGCUCUGCCCAUCUUAAGUCCUGUACCUCUUGCUUCACCCUGUUUGCUGUAUCCUGAUGUGGCUAUUCCUGCAAGCCCCCGUGACAUGCAGAAUGAACGGGUGAUGUGGUGGGGUUGUAGCACAGCAAAAUGAGUGGCUGGAGCUCCUGACUUAGCAAUGUCAAUCCCACCAACUUUCACUGGAAAUUGUCCUUUUAAAUUACUAUGCUAUUUUUGAAAUUCAUGUUCUGUCCCAUUCUAGGAAAUGAUCUGAACAUGGACACCCAAGCAUAACCCCUUUUAAUGACCAACUGAUUAAUUGCCAAGUAAAUUUAUUUAU